AUGUGUUACCGAUGUGGGAAGCCUGGACAUUUGUCUCAGGAUUGCCAAGUUGAGCGAAGGGAGCGACUAUGCUUCAUUUGUAAGUCACCCAACCAUAUACAAGCAAAUUGCCCUCAGCAGAAGAAUAAGCAUACUACAAGUCACGGUGGAAGUCGAAAUGGAAAAAGGGAGGAAAGGCAACCUGGAGUACCUAAGUCAAAAGGAAGAUUCUUCCACAUGACAGCAACAGAGGCCGAGGAGACACCAGACGUUGUGACAGGUACCUUUCUGGUCAACUCUGUACGUGCUAGAGUACUCUUUGAUUCUAGAGCAAACCGAUCUUUUGUGUCUACAAUUUUCUGUGAUUAUUUGCAUAGARUACCGAAGCCUUUGAGUUCAGCCAUAGAGGUAGAAACUGCCAAUGAUAAUAGGGUGAUAAUUAGAGAAGAGUAUGAUGACUGCAAUAUUCAGAUAGACGGUUGUUCGAUUCCAUUAAAACUACUCCCUAUGACUCUCGGGUAG